AUGCCGCACGUUUUCGGCCGCUACGUGCUGCUUGACGAUGAUGGCAACUACAACUGCGGGAUCUGCGAUAGACGGUUCUACUCCAAAUUAGCCAUCUAUGCCCACUGUCGCAACACCGGUAAACAUGACUGGUGCGAGAGUUGCGAACGCGUCUUUGUGACUGAGGACUCCAAGCUGGCCCACCUCCGAUUCUCAUUCAGCCAUAACUUCUGCAACGUUUGUGACCAUGACUUCACCAGUUACCAGAACCUGAAGCAGCACCAGUCUCUUGCCCAUUCGAGCUACCGACUAACACUUAUCGUAUCACUGCAGCAUAUGAAGGUUCACGAGGAGAAGAACAUUGAAUGUCCAGCCUGUGACAAAGACUUUUGCCGCUUCUCGUACCUCCUGUUGCAUAUUGAACGGAGUCGCUGCUUUCCAAUCAAUCGAAUCGAGGGCCUGAUAAACGGGUACGAAGAGGGCCACUUCGACUGUCAACCCGAUGACUUGUCUGAGUGUUCGUUCUACUGUCAGAACUGUGAUAGCAAGUUUCGCCGUUUGUCUGGUCUCUUUCAACAUGUUGAAGAUACCAAAGAUUGCUCAUAUCUACUACGACCCACAGGCAAUGGUGAUGAUCUCGAGUCUCUGAGACAGUACAUUCUCGAAACCCUUGCGUAUGAGGUCGAAGGUUAUUGA